AUGGAGAAAAAUACGAUGGAAAUGUCAAAAACGACCUAUAUUCCAAACAUACCAACGUACUCGGGCGGACCCUCGGCUCCGGGUUUUGUAGAACCGCAGCGUCCCAUGGGCUUUGAAGAGCCCCAACGGCCACCUGGCUUCAGCGAACCUCGGAACCCCCCGGGAUUCAAUGUAUCACCCCACCAACCGGCAUAUGGAAACCCACCGCCAUAUUCCGAAACUCAACCGAGCCAGCCUCCCCGGCCCGCACCAACGGUUAUACCAGCGAGAACCACAGUGAUAACAACGUCUCCUGCGAUAGUUAUGGUCAACAAUCUGGGACCGAACCCCACUUCAUGUUUUUGCUCAGUGUGCAACAAACAAGUAGUGACUACAGUGGAAAAAGCAACCACUGCAAGGACACACCUGUUCGCCGCCUUUUUGUGUUUAUUUUUAUGCUGGUGCUGUGUUUGUGUUCCAUACUGCGUGGACAGUUGCAAGAAGACCUUCCAUUAUUGUCCGCAAUCCGGUCGCUGCGGUGGAUAUAACACGAAUUGGUUUCCACCAUUUUUAAAAUUUAGUGUUUUGUUUUGUUUUUUACCGAGGUUCUCAAUUAUAUUUACAAUGAGUGGUAUCGUCCCAGUAGGUCCAGAGCCCAGUAGAAUAGUCUGUCCGUCCUGUCGUGCUACGAUUGUGACCCGGAUAGAUCGGAAAGCAACUACGAAAACACAUCUUAUGGCUUUAUUUUUAUUCUUGUUCCUAUGCUGGCCGUGCAUUUGUGUACCAUACUGUGUGGAUUCCUGUCAAAAUGCAGACCACUACUGCCCGAAUUGUAACGCUUACUUAGGAACAUAUCAAGGCUAA